AUGGCUCAACGUGUUACUUAUAGAAGAAGAAAUCCAUACAACACCAGAUCAAAUAAAAUCAAGGUUGUUAAAACCCCAGGUGGAAAAUUAGUUGCUCAACAUGUCAAAAAAGCUGCUUCAAGAGUUAAAUGUGGUGACUGUGGUUCCGCUUUAGCUGGUAUUUCAACUUUAAGACCAAGAGAAUAUGCUCAAGUCUCAAAAACUCAUAAAACUGUUCAAAGAGCUUAUGGUGGUUCAAGAUGUGCUAAUUGUGUUAAAGAAAGAAUUGUUAGAGCUUUCUUAAUUGAAGAACAAAAAAUUGUUAAAAGAGUAUUAAAAGAACAACAAGAUAAAGAAAAAAAAGCUUCAACCAAAAAAACUAGUAAAAACUAA